AUGUCUCAACUACUGAAAAUAGGAAAGCUAUGCAAAAGGGAUCAAGCUGAGUACAAAAGAUAUUUGCAUUUUGAAGAAAUUUUCUGGCAACAAAAGGUAGGAUAUGACUGGUUUGAUAAUGGGGACAGAAAUACAAAGUUCUUCCACUGUAUUGUCAAGGGUAGAAGGAAGAAACUACAUUUAAAGAGAAUACUGAGUCAGGAAGGCAAUUGGCUAGAAGAGGAAGAUGAUAUUACAGUCGAAGCAUUAGAAAAGGUCAAGAAUGUUGUGUUUAAUUUGAAGGGAGACCGUGCUAGUGGGCCUGAUGGCUUCACUGGUAAAUUUUAUCAAUGCUAUUUAGAUAUUAUUGGGAAGGAUAUUCACAGGAUGGUUAUUGGAUUUUUCAGAGGCAACACUCUUCCUAAAUCAGUCACUCAUACUUACUCGGUAUUACUCCCUAAGAAAGAAUUGGUGAAUACUUUCUCUGAUCUUAGGCCUAUUAGUUUGAGCAAUUUUAUUAUUAAGAUUAUCUCCAGAAUCAUGCAUGAUAUAAUUGAGGCGUUUCUUCCUAGAUUGGUUUCUGCCAACCAGUCAGGCUUUGUGAUAGGAAGAAGUAUUAUUGAGAAUGUGUUGUUAACUCAAGAGAUAGUGACUGGUAUUAGAAAGAGGGGUAAUCCAACAAAUGUUGUCAUUAAGAUAGAUAUGAUGAAAGAUUAUGACAGGGUCUCAUGGUUUUUCCUAAUGAAGGUCCUAAGGAGACGGGUUUUUCUGAAAUUUUUAUUUAUCUUAUAUGGAUAUAAUUACUAA